GUGUGCUAAGUUAUGGGACUUGGGUUCUGGCCUGUGCUAACAGCACAGGUUGAGAUGGGCUUUCCCCUGGCUCAAAGCAGCCGUGUGGAGGGGCAGAGGCGGCAUCAGAGAGCACCCACGGUGCCAGGUAAACUGCCACGGCAGGGCGUGUAGGCUGUCCACCAGACCAAGGACACCUGAGCUAUUUCAGGCCCUGGCUGGUUCCCCAGUGAUGAGGAAACAGAAAAUGGGCCGCCCAUCACAGUCCAGCUCCUUGAUCCUGGGGUUUAUGAUUAACAAACGCCCAGGAGCCAGCCAAUGAGGUGGCCAUCCAGGACCUAGUCCCCAGAAGUGGAACGGGCCCUGCACAGUCACUCCUUGAUGCCAGCUGGAGGCUGAGGCCAGAGGCCAGGCUGAAGCUGCCUUGGAGAACUCAAGACUCUCGUGAUAGCAGGGCUGCUAGGAAGGUGGACAGAGACACCUCACUCGGUCUCCUGAAUUCUGAGAUUCAGACACAGAAGUCUUCCAUGGCUCCUUACUGCAUCCGCAAAUACCAGGAAAAAGACCGCAAGUGGGUCCUGGGCUCGUUCUCUCACUUGGUGACUGAGCACAUUCCCGCCACCUUCUGCUGCGUCCUGAAGCUGCCCCGAACUCUUGUGCUCUUGCUUGGGGGACCCCUUGCCCUAUUCUUGAUCUCUGGCUCCUGGGUCCUGGCCCUCAUGGCCAGCGCCUCUCUCCUUGGUGCCCUGUGGUUCCUUGCCAAAUACCCCUGGGCCCAGUUUGAAGCCAGGUGUUUGCGAACAGACCUGUCUGACAUCACCAAGUCCUACUUCAGUGAGAGUGGCUCCUGCUUCUGGGUGGCUGAGUCUGAGGGGCAGCUGGUGGGCAUGGUGGGAGCGCUGCCCAGUAAGAAGCCCACCCUGCAGAAGGUGCAGCUGGAGCUGCUUCACCUAUUUGUGGCCCUGGAGCACCGUGGUCAGGGGAUAGCGAAAGCCCUGGUCAGGACUGUCCUCCAGUUUGCACAUGACCAGGGCUACAGUGAAGUGGUCCUCACCACCAGCAUAGUGCAGUGCUCUGCCCUGGUCAUCUACCAGCACUUCGGCUUCCAAAAGACAGGCUUCAGCUCUGAAGGCUUUAGGCUAUGUGCUCUCCCUGUACUUCACCUGACCUACCGCCUCCCCUCUGCUCAGGUCUCUCAGACACUGGAGCAGGGAGAGAGCCCGCGACCUAUUUCCUUGUAGAUUAGUCAGCGGGGUUCAGCUCUGCUGCAGUGACAAGCAAACCCUGAGGUCUCACUCUGAUGGCACAGUAAAGGCUUACUGCUUAUCCACACUGGAACUCAGUGGCAUUGUGCUCUAUCCAGUCUUUUUAGGUUGCCGCCUAUCAUUUAUCUAGUGUCACAAGAAUGUUGCAUUAAAAACAACUACAGGAGUUCCUGUUGUGGCUCAGCAGAAAUGAAUCUGACUAGUAUUCCUGAGGAUGAGGGUUUGAUCCCUGGCCUCACUCAGUGGGUCCAGGAUCCAACCUUGCCAUGAGUUGUAGUGUAGGUCGUAGCUGCACCUCCCAUUCGAUCCCUAGCCUGGGAACUUCCAUAUACUGUGGGUUCAGCCCUAAGAAGCAAAAAACAAACAAACAGAAGUUCCCCUUGUGGCACAGUGGAAAAGACUAAAAACCAUGAGGUUGCGGGUUCGAUCCCUGGGCUCCCUCAGUGGGUUAAGGAUCCAGCGUUGUCGUGAGCUGUGGUGUAGGUCGCAGAUGUGGCUUGGAUCUGGUGUUGCUGUGGCUGUGGUGUAGGCCUGCAGGUACAGCUCCGAUUAGACCCCUAGCCUGGGAACCUCCAUAUGCUACUGAUGUGGCCCUAAAAGGACAAAAGACAAAAACAAACAAACAAAACAAAACAAAAAACAACCGCAAAAGAGGAACACACAUUUUUUUUUAAGCUUGUGAGUCUGUGGCUCAGCAGAUUAGGCUGAGAUCGGCUAGGCAGCCCCUCUGGUCUCAGCCUUAGUUGUAUGUUGUGGGGUUGGCCAAGUGACAGGGUGACUGGGCUCUCUCAUUUUCUGGCAGCCUAGCUCAAGCAUGGUUUCAAGGUAACUGCAGAGGAGCAAAAGUAAAGCAGAAACAACGAAAUGCUUUUCUAAGCUUCUGCAGGUGUCACAUCAGGGAACCCUACCUCUUCAGUGAGAGGAAAUGCAGUCACGUGGAAAGGGAGUGGAGGCGUGUGAGAAGAAUCCACGUGAGAAGGACUGGGGCCAAGGCAUCAAUCUGCUAUGGCCCCAAGGUCUCUGCCGAAGGGGAAGAAAGCAGCCAGGCACAAAGUGUAGGGCUUUGACCAGGACUACACCUAGAAGUGCUGCGACCUACAUCCCACUGUCCGGGAUCAGAUGAGGACUUCAAUCAAGCUUCUGCUGCCUCCUGAAUUGUGUUCUACCAAAGGCUAGUGGCCUGGGGGAAGCUGGAAUGAGUCUAGGAGGUAGCUCUGUACCCAAGGCACCUGUGUCUGCCAAGAGUCUCUGGGCACGCCCGACAGCUACCCACCCAAACACUGUCCCCCAAAGCCCACAACAGGGCUCUUGCCGUGCUGCUGCACUUCUGAACAAAGGCCACAUUUCAUCUCACAGCCCGUUUACCUUGAUCAGUGCUUUUAGAUUGAGGUUCCCCACACAGUUCGGGGAGCACAGCUCCUUGCACCUCUCCAGAAGGGAAAUAAAUGGCCCUCUGCUGCGUGCUUUACUAUGAAUCAACCAGAAGUUAUUUAUUUUCUAAAAGUAUAAAAACACGUACAAAAAGAGACUGGCUCUUGGCUAGAAUUAAGAUCCCAUGGUAACAAACAUCCCUGUGGGCGAGGCCACUGUGGAAAAAGUAUUGCUCCCAAACCAUUAAUAAUCUUAGUUAUCACUCUACCCAAGACUCUUUAGAAGGUCAGUAAUUUUCAAUUACACAUGGACAAGCUUUAUUAAACCAGACUCAUAAAGUAAGGAUUGUGCUCCUCCAGGAUGAUAAAAUAUAAUUCCAAGGCUCUGAGGAAAAUAUUCUCAUGUCAGUCCCAAGGGACUUUCCUCCCCAAGAGUUGAUUGGUCACUUUCUGUGGAAGAAAAGAAAGGCAGGACAGAAGUUAGAUACUCUGCUAUCAGAGGCAUGGCCGCUCCUCACCCCAGACAUGUUGCUGAAGAGACCCAGUGUGGUUUUCCCCAAAUCUUGUUUAUCUUUCUCAGCUACAGAAACUAGGCUAAUUCUACAAAAAAAAAAAAAAAAAAAAAAAAA